AUGCCCUCAUCCUCCUCGUCCCGCCGUCGUCGAGGCAGGAGCGGCGGACGGCACGCCGCGGAUGAGACGGAGACGAGGAACUGGGCGGAGCUGCCGCUGGACGCGAUCUUGACCAUCCUCCACAAGCUCGACCACGUCGACAUCCUUAUGGGGCCCGGCCAGGUGUGCCGCUCCUGGCGCGGCGCCGCCCGCGAUGAGCCGGAGCUGUGGCGCCGCAUCAACAUGCUGGGCCACGCCGACCUCGAGAACGAGCUCAACCUCCACGGAAUGGCCCAGGCCGCCGUCCGCCGCAGCGCGGGGAGGUGCGAGGCGUUCUGGGGCGAGUACGCCCGUGACCACGACUUCCUCUUCUAUCUCGCCGACCAGGCACCAUCUCUUAAGAGUCUUCGCCUCAUUUCUUGCUAUGAUAGACUUACAGAGGCGAUAAUGAAGUUCCAUUUGCUUGAGGAGCUCGAGCUUUCACUCUGUCCAAAUGUGAAUGACAGUGGUGUCUUUGGGGUUAUCGGCAAAGCAUGCCCACAACUGAAGCGCUUCAGACUGAGCAAGGAUGUGUUCUGUGAUUUUGAAGCUAGUGUCUAUGGAAAGGACGAGGAAGCCUUGGGGAUUGCGACUAUGCACGAGCUACGCUCUUUGCAGCUGUUUGGCAAUAUCCUCACCAACAAAGGACUGACAGCCAUCCUGGACAAUUGCCGCCAUCUGGAGUCCCUUGACAUCGGCCACUGUUUCAACGUCACCAUGGAUGACGCCCUGCGUGCAAAGUGUGCCAGGAUAAGCACACUGAUGCUUCCGAAUGACUCAACCGAUGACUAUGACUUGGUUGUUAAGAGCCCUAUUCGUGCGGAUUCAGAGUCCUUUCUGCAUGAUUAUAUGGGAUCCUGUUCUGACUACGAGCUUGGCUCGGAAGAUUACGGCGACUACUGCGAUCUUUCCCGCUACCUUGAUGGUGUGUACGAGGAUGAGGACGAGCUUGACGAAGAAGGUAAGAUGAUUCUCGGUGGCAUGCGCAUGUUUAUGAAGUAA